CAAACAGGAAAAUGGUUGGGAAGUCCCUGAUUGCUGGUGUGGUGGUCCUUCUGGUGGCCACCGUGAGCCUGUUCUUGGGGGUCUUCAUGGGCUUAGGGAGGAAAAACACACCUCCCCCCUCAGACUACUUCUACUCAAAGGCCGCCGUGGCUGCUGAUGCAGGAAAGUGCUCAGAAGUGGGGAGGGACAUUUUGAAGAGAAAUGGCUCAGCUGUGGACGCUUCCAUCGCCGCCCUGCUAUGUGUUGGCCUUUUGAAUGCUCACAGCAUGGGCAUCGGGGGAGGGCUCUACUUUAUAAUAUAUAAUGCUUCCACAGGGAUGGUGGAAACAAUAGAUGCGAGGGAGACAGCGCCCAUGAACGCCACUGAAGACAUGUUUGGCAACAACACCAAACUCUCUCGCACAGGUGGAUUAUCCAUAGCGAUCCCAGGAGAGAUCAGAGGUUAUGAGAUGGCACACAAACGGCAUGGCAGGCUUCCCUGGAAGGAGCUGUUUGAGCCCAGCAUCGCUCUGGCCCGUGACGGUUUCCCCAUCGGGAAGGCUCUGGCUCACGCCAUCUUUAAGAGCAAAGAAUCCAUUCAAGGAGACGCCAACAUGUGCGAGGUGUUCUGUGAUUCUGAAAAGAGAAUCCUGAAAGAAAAUGAUAUUGUUAAAUUCCCAAAGCUGGCUGAGACGUAUCAGAGGAUAGCGGACGAGGGACCUGAUGUGUUUUAUAACGGGACCAUGGCACAAAGCAUUGUCGAGGACAUCCAGGCGGCAGGUGGCAUCAUCACGCUCGAUGACCUGCUGGAGUACCAGCCUGUGCUGAACGAGAACCCUCUGAAGCUGAAUGUCGGGGAAUACACCAUCCACGUUCCAGACGCCCCCUCCAGCGGGCCCGUGCUGGCGCUCAUUCUCAACAUAGUGGAUGGGUACAACUUCACGGACACGAGUGUCUCAACAGCCGAGAAAAAAACUCUGACCUACCAUCGCAUCGUCGAGGCUUUUCGCUUCGCCUACGCCAAGAGAAGCAGACUGGGCGACCCGCGGUACCUCAACAUUACUGACGUAAGCUCGCCCAAUUCAUGCUUUUCAUUCACGCCUUUCCAAUUUAACUGCAACAUCUGCAGGCACAAGUGUUUGAGAGCCUCUCAUCAUCACUUCCAUCUAUUUUCCUCUCUAACACUGACUUGUUUUUUUUCUCAGCUGAUAAACAACAUGACCUCAGACUACUUUGCUGACGGCAUACGGAGUAAAAUUACGGAUGACACAACACACCCGGAUAACUACUAUGAGCCUGAGUAUUUUGUUCCAGAAAAUCACGGCACAGCUCACCUGUCCGUCAUAGCCGAGGACGGGAGUGCUGUCGCUGCCACCAGCACCAUUAAUCUAUACUUUGGGUCUAAAGUCAUGUCUCGGUCCACGGGAAUCAUUUUCAACGAUGAAAUGGAUGACUUCAGCUCUCCGUACAUGACCAAUGGAUUUGGGAUUCCGCCGUCGCCCAACAACUUCAUACAGCCAGGUAAAAGACCUCUGUCCUCAAUGUGUCCAACAAUCAUCUUUGACAAAGACAACAGAGUGAAGAUGGUCGUAGGAGCAUCUGGAGGCACAAAAAUCACCACGGCUACUGCUCUAGUCAUCCUCAACUCCCUUUUCUUCAACUAUGACCUAAAGAAAGCUGUGAUGGAGCCGCGAGUUCACAAUCAGCUCAACCCCAACAUGACGGUGGUGGAGCAGGGCUUCGAAAAGAGCGUCCUGGAGGGGCUGGAACAAAAGAACCAUGUGACCCAAACACUGAGGACUCCAGACUCCGUGGUCCAGGCCGUGGUUCGGCAGGGAGAGCGUCUCUGCGCGGAGUCCGACCCCCGGAAAGGAGGUUAUCCAGCUGGAUACUGAGCCUGUCCGGUUUACCUCAGUGAUCAGUUUCCAUAUAGACUCUGACAGAAACAGAAAACUUAGGAAACUGCACCGAGGAAGGAAGCUAUGUUUACACUACAGAGACGCUGAAACAUGGGUACUGACUCAAUCCUUCCACCUGUUUUUCGGCAAAACUUCUUACAUAAAUUAUUUUAUUUUGUGGUUUAAAGUAAAGUAAGAUGUCGUGGCUAGCAUAACUCUCGGAUGCUGGUCAGGAAAAUAAAUUUUAGGGAUUUAAGCUGACGCCAAAGGUUCCAACUGGAUCUAUUUUCAGCCGGACAAUCACUUAUGAAACACCGCAGCUGUAUUUCCAACGAACGCCUGAUGAAACCAUGUCAACUUUUGGUAAGUUGUCAAUACGGCGUUUUAACCUGUUUUGUAAUGAUAAUAAUAAAAAGUAAUUAUACUGUAACUUAUGACACACUGUCUGGAAAAGAGGACUACAGGUAAAACGCUGCAGCGCUAGCAGGUCUGAUAAGUCCAGCGCGAGGAAGUCUCCGGUGGUUCCGCCUUGAACCAAACCGGAAGCUCCACGUGUUGUUUUCUACUCGACAGUGAAGCUGUUAUUUCUUCAUGUUUCAUAUCGUAAAGAGGUUAAGUGAAUGUAUAGCAUCUUCCGAAAUAAGAAAACAUUUGCAGAUAUAUUUUUCUAAACAUGCAUUGUUCCUAUGCUAUGUUUUGUUGCCAUGCUUGUUAUUAAAACAUUGAGAAACAGAAAUAUGCAUCUCAUGUGAGAACUGAAGGAAAACGGAGACUGCAUUUCACACUGAAGGCAUCAUCAUGGGACAGAGGUUUGAGCCAUUAACAUCUCCAAAAAGGUUUACAGGGCCUCCAUGACGUUUCCAUACAAAAUUUCUAUACUCUCCAGUUUUUAAUGUUGUUAUAAACAUUUUCCAAAUUGGGUUUUAUAUUUCUUUAAACUCCAAGUCAAACAAUACAAUGCUGAAGUUGGCUUCCUGUUCAUCAUUGUGGUAAAAGGUUAUUUCAGGUUUUGGCAUAGGGAAAAUCAGCAAAGUUUUAUUUAAAAAAAAAAAAAAAUCUGGAAUUUCAAAUCGCAGUUUGAUAUCUGUAAUAUCUUAAUUUGACAAAAAAAAAAAAAAAAUCAGGAAAACUGGUAAAUUGCAGCUAAAUACCCAACUCAGAAACUGGGAAUCUGGUUUAAAAGCAAGGAGCUAAAGGUCAGGAGGCAAACAACAAAACAAACAAACAAAAAAAACAGCAACAGUUGUUUGUUUGAAUUUUGAAUGAGUGUGUCUCUAUCAGUGAGUUGGGAAGAAAUCUCGAGUUGUGGCGAACCGUUAAUAGUUAUCCAACAGAAAUAAUAACAGAAAAUAUUUUGUUUUUAUGAGUUUUUUUGAAACUUGACUUAAUUUUAUCUUGGAAACCCAUUCUUUUUACUAG